AAAAAAAAAAACUUAUAGGAGUGAAACAGAAAGCCUGUCAUACGCAAGUAAUCGCAGGGUGAAGAGAGAUAGAUAAAUGGAUGGAUGAUGGAUGCAUAGUUAGUGUCGUUGUGUUCUCUGCUUCUCUGUCAGUGGAAUCAGUGAAAUGUCAAAGAAUUGACAAAAGGUCGUCAUAUUUAGUUUGACACUUAUUUGUCAAAUCAAAAUUUUAGUAAAUAUUUUGAAAAAUGGUAUUUUAAAUUAACAAAACUCAAUACAUUACUAUUUUACUGUAAAAAUGGGAGCUUUAUUAACAACCAGGCAACACGAUGGUGUAGAAGAAAUUGAUAUUUCUUCCAAUCAUGCCUACAAGUAUCCACCCAGAUCUGGUAAUUACUUCGGUAGUCACUUUAUUAUGGGAGGAGAAAGAUUCGAUACGCCACAACCUGAAUCUUAUCUCUUUGGAGAAAAUUCUGAUCUUAACUUUUUAGGAAGUAGACCAACUCCAUUUCCAUAUCCUCCACCUCAACCAAAUGAGCCUACAAAGACUUUAAAAUGUCUUGUUAACAUUAGAAAAGAGUCUCUUAGAUUCGUUAGGACCAGUAAUGAUUAUAGUAAGUUAAAUAUUGAUAAGUGUGAAUAUAGAGAUGUUGAAUUGGGCACAAAUACAUCAUUUAACAUCGAAUUUACCUUUGACUGUGAUGUCAGAUGUGCAAUAACAGUAUAUUAUUUCUGUACUGAAGAUUUUACCCCAAAUGGUGUGGCUUACAUUCCAAAAGAUCCUUCAAUAACAUCAGAGACUUUUCAUUAUAGCAGAGGUUCUAAUCAGCAAUUUUGUCAACCAGCUCAUGUAUUCAAUCCCGCUAAAUAUAACGAAGAUGAACUCCUGUUUGAUGUAGAUAGAGAGCUAAUUCCAAUUGCUAUCCACUGUGUUACAGAAGAAGGACCAGUAGAAAUGAGACAGAGUCACACUACCAUUGCUACUGUAGAAAAAAUCACAGAUGGAACGUAUCUGCUAAAGGCUUUGAAGCAAAAACUAUUUGUUGAUGGUUUGUGCUAUUUGCUGCAGGAAAUUUAUGGAAUUGAAAAUAAGAAUAAUGAAAAAGCUGGAGCUGAUGACGAAACUGAAGACAAUGGUUCAGAAUGCGUCAUAUGUAUGUGUGAUGUCCGGGAUACUUUGAUCCUUCCUUGCCGCCACCUCUGUUUGUGUAAUUCUUGCGCUGAUUCCUUGAGAUAUCAAGCAAAUAAUUGUCCCAUAUGCAGAGCACCCUUCAGAGCUUUGCUACAAAUAAGAGCGCUGCAGAAAUGUUCUAAUUCGAACCUAGCUGCUAUUAGUCCACCAGAUGGCAGUUGUGACAACAUCCCUCCUGGUUAUGAAGCUGUGUCCCUUAUAGAGGCGUUGAAUGGCCCUUGCGCGCCUCGUCAACCACCUUCAGCAGCUAUGCCCGAUUUGGUUGAAACGCCAGAAAAUGAACAUGCCAUUCAAGCCGCCCAAAUUUUAAACAGGCAAUGUGAUCGUAGUACACCGACGAAAAAACGAGGAGGCAGUUUGGAUUCUCCGCCUAGUCCAGAUUACUCACGAGAGGUAAGUAUGGUACCUACAAGGAGAAUAGAGGAAGAGGAUAAAAACAAAGAUGGAAAGUUGCCGUUGUUGGAAAAGGAGGUGGAUAGAAGAAGAAAGAGAGAUGAUGUAAGACUGGUUAACGAGAAAGCCGAAAAAGAUGCAAAUGUAGACGAAGAUAGCGAAACUGAAAAAUUAUCUCCGCUUUUACAAAAAAUCGACAGAUCUAACAAGAACGCUAAUAAUUUAGCACUGAAUAUGGAAGAUGUAGUAGAUGCUAUCGAUGAUGCUGAUACUGACCAAGAAGAGACUCGUAAUACUUCUGAUAAAGCUAAGACCUAUGGCGAACGAGGCGAUGAAUCUGAUUAUUACACCCCCGACGAACCAGCUCCGUCUUCAGCACCUUUGUACGAAGGAACUAACACCAGUUCCGUGGAAAGUACUCCCCAACGCCUACCGGGGACUCCCAUGUCGCACGCAAGUAUGCGCAGUAGCGGUGACAGUUACACAAGCGGUUCCAGCACACGACAUCUAUUAGCAAUAGCCAGUACUGGGCUAAUUCAGGAUAAACCCGUCAAUGUUUAAAGAUUUACUCGGUUUUUCGUUUUAUUUUUAAGAUUAUGCUUCGUCUGAUUAAGUAAGGAAGAUUUUAAACUCAUCCGUCCCUUUCUUCAAUUUAUCUGCAUGGUUUGUGUAUCUAUGUUGCUUAAGGCCUCCUUUAUAAUUUUUAUGAUAGUAAUUAUUAGUUGUGUUGAUUGCCAAAAACAACAUGCUUCUAAAAGAAAUGACCUAUACUAUUCCAACAAGCGUUUUUUGUUUAAAAACACGCUUGAUAUGCAUUUAAACUUGAAUUAUUUUGAUUUGCUGCUAUGGUAGCCACUAUACUUAAUUAAUACGUAUUUUAAGAAUCGUUCUAGUCUUUUUAAUAAGUGAAUGACUUCAAAAGUCAUCUUGUCUUGGUCUGUCUCAAAAGUAAUUGAUCCUCAUGAGUAUCCGGUAUUCGUCUUAACAAUAUGCUUCCAUGCGUGCUUUAAAUACUUCUAUUGCUCAGUGUAUUUUAAAUUCGGUGUAUAUGUCGCUGUUCACAUCACAUCACGCGCUGCAUCAUAUAUUCAUGGUGCACAACACUUUUUUUAUAAUCUGGAUAAAUAAUGAUAGAUUGUCUUCUUCUUCUUCUUCUUUUUUGUGUAGACAUGACUCUGUCUGUUUUUCAAUGGGCCUCCAGUAAGUUGUUAUUCCAUCGUUUUCUUGGUUUUCCCACUGAUCGUCUUCCUAUUGGGGAACUGUCUCUCGCCGUCCUUGCUACUCUAUUUAUUGUUAUUCGGCUUAUGUGGUCGUUCCAUUCUACAUUCUACUCUUCUGUUUUUUACCCAGUUAUUAAUGCUGUCUACCUUGCAUCACCGUCGUAUAUCUGCACUUCUAGCUCUAUCCCAUAGUGUCUUACCAUCGAUUUUUCGAAGGGUUUUCAUAUUUGCUGUUUCUAGCAUUCUUUUUGUCCUUUCUGUAUCAGGUCGUUUUUCUGCUGCGUAUGUUGUAUUGAUUGGUCUGAUGACUGUCUUGUAAAUUGUGCCUUUCAUUUCUUUUCCGAUAUUUUUAUUUCUCAAUAUUGUGUCAUUCAGGCAAAAUGUGGCUCUGUUUGCUCUAUUCACUUGAUCUUCCACUUCUGUUUCGAGCUAUCCGUAGCUAGAUAGUGUGAUGCCUAAAUAUUUAAACUCCAUGACUUGCUCUAUUAUCUGUCCCUCUAGCUCUAAUUUACAUCUUAUUAGAUGAGUUUUCAGAUGUAGACUAGUUUGAGAAAUUAGUAUUGCGUCGUCUGCGUAGCAGAUUAUUUUAAGUUGUGUUUCUCCCAUUUGGUAUCUUUUUUUAGGUCUUAGUUUUUUUAUUAUUUCAUCCAUGAUCAGGUUGAACAAUAGAGGGCUCAGGGAGUCUCCCUGUCUUAUCCCAUUGCCAGCUUCAAUUGGGUGAGUUAGUACUUCAUCUACUUUUAUUGUGUUGUUCUGGUAGAUUUUCGAUCGUUUUAAUUAUUCCUAGAGGCACCUCUCUUGUGUACAAUAAAUGGAUAACGUUCUUUAAUUUUACCCUGUCAAAUGCCUUCUUAAGGUCCACGAAACAUAAAUAUGCCGGUUUGUUGUAUUCUAAUGAUUUCUCUUGAACCUGCCUCAUUAUAAAUAUGUAUAGCUGCCGGUGCAUGAUCUUCCCUACCUAAAACCUUGUUGUUCUUCUGCUAAUGUUAUAAUUUUAUUCAGUUUGUUUGUUAUCACUUUGGUCGUUAAUUUUAGUGUUGUGUAAUUUUCCGGGUCCUAUUUUUCUUCCUUUUUGAAGAGAGGUAUUAGGAUGCUUGAUCUCCAUUCUUGUGGUAUUCUGUUUUGUUCUAUUAUUUUUUAGAUUAGUUUUAAUAGUUGCUUGGCCACAUCUUGUCCUCCUUACUUUAAGAGUUCAUUCGAUAUUCUGUCCUCUCCUGGUGAUUUUCUAUUUUUUAAUUUCCUUAAUGCUUCCUUUACCUCUGCUUUCAUUGUGAAUAUUGUUAUUUUAUUUCGAAAUCAUAACCAAGAACCCACGAUUCGUCACUGGCGAUGUUCUUUUUAAGCAUAUUUUCACGAUUAGCAAGAAUUUACAAGUUGUCCAAAUUUGCUUCUAAGCGAAUCUCUUUCUGAUCAACUCUGGGCGAUUCUGAAAUGAAUUUGGCAUGCACACGGGUCAUUUCCAAUUGCUGCAAAUAAAAGUUUUCGGCUUUCCAAGAUGGCUUUCGAGUUCGUAGUCAAACGACGAUCUUUUUCGAUCCCGAGUCAUUCAAGAUUUUCCAGUGUUGUGUUAGAAGGUUUACCAGAAUAGUUUCCAUACAACCGUUUUUGAGUUUAAAGUAAAACUUGGUUUUCUUAACAACCGUAUGCAUUAAGUUUUUGAAAAGUUAUUGAAAUGGGAGAUUUAUACAGAUACUUUUGGAGCACACCGCGUAACAAGGUAAAUAGUGAGUAUUUUGUAUUUCAGGUCAUUGUUCAAUGUCAUUGUCAUUUAUUUCCUGUCGUUCGUUACUUCAAAAUCUCGAACUUUUUAAAUUCUCGGUCCAGAAAGCCGAGCGGUCUGUUCGAGUUGGCGCCUUUCUUGUUCUUUCCUUGUCGUACCUUCAUAUCACUCUAUCUCCAGCGUUGUUAUCUAGUUGCCUUAAAUUUUUGUAUUGACAGGUCUCAUUCUCUCUAUUGUUCAUUGUUCUCAUUUGAUUUGUUCUUCUGAGCUAAGCCACUCUUCUUAGUAUCUUAAAUCACUUCUCUUCCGGGUUUCCCCUAUUUCGUCAGUUCUUCCUCUUCAGGAAGUUUUCAAUUGGCAAAAAGAGUAGAAGACACUUUGAAGUAUAAAUCUAGAAAAAUCCUUUCGAAAUUAAAACAGUUUCGAAACAAGGUUUUUAUAUACGUUUUAAAGUAUAGUGGUUACUAUUCAAUAAAUUUUAUUCGAAUACUCAUUUGUGAUACAGUGAAAUUAUAUAUCUUAUAGAAUUAUAUGUAUUUUAGGAUUAAGUAUGGAAAUGGUUUAAUUGUAAGGAUUAUUUAAAUUAAUUUUCGUGAUUAUCAUGACAAUACUUUUCGUAGUUAUCUACUAUAUUUAUUGAGAAUAAAGCACCAUUGUAAUUGAAAAUUUGGUAUUGAAGUCCACCUCAUAAGAAUUAAAUUAUUUUAAGUAAACACAGAAAUACCACCAGAAAAUAAUUUCCAAACAAUAUUUUUUAUAUUUUUAUUGAGUUCUUAUCAGAAUUUGCUUUUUGGUAACAACGUUUAUUGCUGUUUAGCAAUUGCGCAUAAAUGUCCAAUAAACAAUUUCACAGAAGAAUAUAUGGAGGAAUAAAAGCAAGGUUUGUGGCGCAGGCGUUGCAACUUUGAGUCGUAUAGAAGUUUUGGAGAAUCUGACAUUGUAAAAGUUGGUAGCACGCAUGUAAUCAGGCGGAAGGAAGGUGUGUAAUAGUCAGAACCGUUUUUGACCGAAGAGGGCUAAUGGGACAACGAGCUAGAGGACGAUUUAAAAUCUAUUGGAGUUAGACCAUGGAGGAACAGUGACGCACCCAUGGGAGUUUUGCUGGUUAAACACCCCCCCCCCCAGGGCAAAAUGUUUCACAAAAUGAAAUUGAUCAGUAGAUCAAAAACCGAAAGUAGAAGGAUUCAAAGACGUCACUCAAUUAAUGCAUUUAUUUCCUUAUUUCCUGUCAUCAUUCAACCAUUAGAUGUUAUUACAAACUGGAGUGAUAACAAAACUACCACUGAUGCUCAGUUGUUGUCGGCUGCAAUUCACAAAUCUGACCUUCUUUCGAGUAUCUUUGUGGUCAACUCGGUGUUUGAACUCACUUUGCCGCUUAGCAAGUGUUGAGAUAAUAGUAUCACAACGUAGAACGCAUAGGACGCACAUAAAGAGCGUCCUAACAAAGAGAGAGACUGUAUUACUAUAGGUGCUGGUUGUGAACAAAUCUGAGGCUAUCUGUACCUGUAAUAAAUGUGGGGGAGGGGUUUAAACACUAUGGUUUGAACGAGCUUUUACGAAGGACACUAACUACAUAUUUAUAGACAGUAGACAAAUAGAGUACAAACAAACCUAAGAGAAAGAGAACAAAACAUACAUAAACAAAAUGGGUGGAUGCAACACUAGUGUUAAUCGAGAGAAACAAAAAAACUACAAAACAAUACGUGCUUACUAUAGUUUAUUUUUUAACCAGGAGGAGUAAACUAAAAAGACAGAUUCACAUCCACGAAAGUCGCUAGAAUAAUAACCAAAUACAUCUUCUUUUUUGGUUGAUCUAGUCGACCCUCAACGGUAAUCCAUAAAUAUUAUAUUAAAUUAAUACGUCGCUAAAAAGUUCCAAAAACAACUGCUUUUUAUAUAAAAGCAGACUAACAAUCUAAAAAUUGAAGGAAUAACACAAAAAACGCAAACAUCGCCGAUAUAACUUAAUUAACCUAUGAAAUGUCACUAAUGUCAAAAUUUGAUAAAUGUCAUUAGUGUCAAAAUUUUAAAGCAGUGGAGUAAACUUGCCUGCGGUUGGACCAAUUACAAACAAGCAAUACAGCGCGGUAAAUUUGAAUCACUCCUCUUGGUAAAAAAACAAACAAUAGUUACAGUGAGUCUUUCAAAAACGUCUAUGAGUGCGCACUAUAGAUUGUCUGUCCAAAUUCACACCGCGGUCCAGGCUGAGGAGACGAUGUGGCAACCGUGUGGUUGGUUGUCUUGAAGGCAACGGAGAGGUCUCGUCUUCUUCUUACUUGAUAACUGAUGUGAUGUAAGAUUCCUUGGCGGAAUCUUUGAGGGUGCAACGAGGUGCAACAGAAAGAGAGCUGUUGCGUUGCUCUACUUAAUUUGCUUGUCCCUGACGGAACUGUUGACACUUUUACGUGGAUUCACACUGUUCACUUUUGGGUGUAGACGGCAACACUGGAGACUCAACCGAGAGAUUACUUGUUGACCGUCUGAGGUCACAUUUGACCCUUUGGAGUGGCGUUGAGGGAGCAACGAGCGUGUUGCAACUACCUCGUACUGGAGCACACUUGACUCCUGGUAUUUGGAGGGUGAAGCGGGAGGUACCGGGAUGGAAAGUAUUAUAUUCGUUUAACUGUUGAAUCUGCAGAAAAAAGAAAGAAUCAUUAGAACAGUUACGACAAAAUGCAGAUGAAACUUUGACCAAUAUUUUUGGGCAAAUAUAAGCUCUUGGCAGUGAAUUUGGUAUUAAUAUGUCUAUUUCGAGAACAGUAAUUUAUCAAACAAAGAGAAAUAAUAUACUAGCCUCUACUCCAGAAGCAUAUUACAGAAGAUAUGUCUGUUUUUAUCUCCUUUUCUGAUGAAAUUGUACAAUCCAAAAGAGAUUUUAAAAUCGGUUCAGGACUUACUAAGUGAACAAUAUGAGUAUGAUGAGACGAUAGGAAAAUCGUUUCAAAGUCUAAAGUUUAUUUUUUAACCAGGAGGAGUAAACUAAAAAGACAGAUUCACACCCAAGAAAGUCACUAGAAUAAUAACCAAAUACAUCUUCUUUCUUGGUUGAUCUAGUCGGCCCUCAACGGUAAUCCAUAAAUAUUAUAUUAAACUAAAACGUCGCUAAAGGAAUAACACAGAAAACACAAACAUCGCCGAUAUAACUUAAUUAACCUAUGAAAUGUCACUAGUGUCAAAAUUUGAUAAAUGUCAUUAGUGUCAAAAUUUUAUAACAGUGGAGUAAACUUGCCUGCGGUUGGACCAAUUACAAACAAGCAAUACAGCGCGGUAAAUUUUAAUCACUCCUCUUGGUUAAAAUACGAACAAUAGUAGAUUUUGAUAAACUUGAUGACGCAACCAUAAAAGGAGAAAUCAUACUUUGAAAACAAUUUGUAAAAGAUUUCAAACUUAAGUGACACCAAAAAAUGCUCUUAAAGCUCUUGAUAUCUGUAACAAGAAUUUAAUUCCUCUUGUUUAUAAUUUACUGCUAAUAAUGGCCACCUUACCUUUAUAACAACGUAUACAUGUAAAAGGUCAUUUUCAUCUCUGAAAGUACUAAAGACUUAUUUUAAAAAUUGUGCGAAGAGGGACUAAAUGGUUUACUUUGAUAUUUAUCCAUCAGAACAUUCAAAUAGAUGAAGACGAGGUAUUAACCCAUUUGGCUCUAAAGGAACGCCGUUUGGACAUUUUAUUAUAAAUUUAAUUUGUUUACACUAGUUUAUUCAAAAUACAGUUUAGGAUUUAAAUUAAUAUUUUUCAUUAUAUUUAGAUAUAGAUACCUGAAUCUUUGGCACUGGUAUAUUUAGUACUUUAAAUUAUACUAAAAUCCAAAUUUUAAGGACUCAAAAUGGAGGUAGCAUAAAAAAAUUUCGGGGCCCAUGCCAUCUCUGCCCCACCCCGUCCCCCAGAGGAAAUAUCUAGGUGUCCCACUGUGGAGGAAAGUGGUCAGAGACAUAAGAGAAUGCCAAUUAAUGGUAGAUGGAGAACCUCUUUAGAAUAUAUAUAGCCAUAAUAAAUGAUGAUUAAAGGUAUUUUUUAGAUUUUUUCUGGGUUAAUAAUAUUCCUCACAUAUCUUCUAAUGACGAUGAAUCCGAAUUUAUCAUCAGUUUUAAUUUAUUUAGUGAAAUUUUGAAAUUUAAAGUCUUAUAACCAUUGAACUGAUAACCACGAAAAAAAUUAUAUCUUUAAGAGUACUUGUACAUAAUUAUAUUUGUGUUAAUUGUAAGUUUUGAGUAAUUGAUCUUUUAAUAAAUAUUGAUUAUUGUU